AUGUUUUGGCGAUUUGGAGGCUACUCCAAUAUAUCCUCUAUCGACACGCUCCUCGAAAAGCCCAAUGUCAGGCUCGAAGACUUGCUAGAAGAGACUGACCUGAUUCAGGAGCUCAAGUCGCACCACACUAAACUGAUAGAAUAUCUGCGCGAUGAACCAAAUUUACAUGCUCUCCUAAACUACGUUAUUGCUCCUGGCCCUAAAUCCGAGCACGAAGAAAACGAGGAGGAUGAAAAGGGCAAAGGCCUUGAGACGGAUAAUGAAGAUGACCCGCAACCUCUGGACGAAGAACAAGAGAAGGCUGAGAAGAUGCGCUUGAAAUAUGCCUAUGUCGCGUGCGAGAUUCUGUCUUGCGAGACUUGGUCGAUUACAGAGUCUCUGAUGGCCAACACUCCUUAUCUCACCGAGUUUUGGGAUUUCCUGCGGCAACCUGCUCCAUUGGACCCUCUCCAGGCUGGCUAUUUCACCAAGGUCAACGAAACCCUACUCGAAAAGAAGACUGAGGAGAUGUUGGAUUUCUUCAAGUCGCUUCCGGGUAUCGUGCCCGCCAUUCUCCAGCACGUCGACUGUCCAAUGGUGAUGGACCUGUUGUUGAAAAUCAUCAGUCUGGAGAAAUCUGACGGCGGAAUGGGCAUCGUGGACUGGCUUCAGGGGCAAGAUCUGAUCCCAAUGCUCCUUUCUAACCUGUCCCCCGAAUGCAACUCCUCGACCCAGACUUCUGCUGGGGAUUUCCUGAAAGCCAUCAUCACGAUAUCUGCGAACGCGGCUCAAAAUGAGCAAUCCUGCAUUGGUCCCAACAGUCUGACACGCCAAUUGGUGUCGGAAAAGUGCAUCCGACAGCUUAUUUCAUACAUGCUCAGAGGCGGAAACCCGCUCACAGUGGGUGUGGGAAUCGUGAUCGAGGUUAUUCGAAAGAACAACUCAGACUAUGAUCCCGACCAAGGUCACAGCGCUGAUGCUCCUCCGACUAACCACGACCCCAUCUAUCUCGGCACCCUCCUGAGGUUAUUUGCCCAUCAUGUUCCGGACUUCAUGAACCUCAUCCUCAGCUCUAAGCACACUGUCACCGAAGGCGAGGAGACCAGGGUAGUAGAGAGAGGCCAACUCAAAUCGGCAUGGGGAACACAAAUCGAGCCCCUCGGGUUCGACCGAUUCAAGACCUGCGAGUUGAUGGCUGAACUACUUCAUUGCAGCAAUAUGGGUCUUCUGAACGAGCGAGGCAGUGAAGAAUUCAUCAAAGCCAGAGACGCCGAGAGGGAGAGACUCAGAGCGCAAGGGGCGUUUCUGUCUACCAGGCAAUCGGAAGAUUCCACCGUCGACAUUUCGGCGAGUUCAUCGAGAUUCGAAAAUGCAUUCACCCCGUCGGGCUCCACCUCGACAGAAGAGCUACGCAUUGCUAACCUCAAUGACGAAGAUGGAUUUGAAAAGGUUGCUGUCUCUGAAGCGACAGAUCUCGCUUCAAGCUCGAAACCAGACUCGGCUGAAAAGCCGACGCUAUCUCCGCGAUCCUAUGACCAAGCAAAUACGCCGACUGGUGCUCUCGAUGAGACCGUUCGCCGUCUCAGCCUUGAGGACACGGACAUGACCGCACCCGAUGAGCAUGAGGUGAACACUCAAACCUCAACACGGGAUUCCCAGCCUGAAGACAUUUCGCCCCAUCCAGACGACAAACCUGCACCAUUGUUCUCAAAAGCAUCGGAUCCUAAUAAGACACCCACGGCGAAUAGCCCAGAGCCGCCUACUAGCCCGUCUCACUCGAAACUUCGACUCGAUGAAGGACAGCCAGAAGGAGAAUCAUUCCAAUCGGGUCACGAUGACACAAUGCAAGUCGUCCAGUCAGAGGCUCCUGCUGGGGACGAGGCACCAGUGGUUGGGGAUUAUCUGAAAAUUAUGUUUGUGGAGAACAGGGUUGUCCCGACGAUUUUGAGCUUCUUUUUCCGCUUUCCGUGGAAUAACUUCCUCCACAAUGUCGUGUAUGAUGUUGUGCAGCAAGUUUUCAACGGGCCCAUGGACCGCGGCCAUAACCGAUUUUUAGCGUUUGAUCUCUUCGAAACUGGUCGUAUCACUGACGCGAUUAUCGAAGGGCAGAGACGAAGUGACGAAGAACAACGGGCGAGGAAUAUGCGCCUAGGAUACAUGGGACAUCUGACACUAGUAGCAGAAGAGGUCGUCAAGUUUGGCGAACGACACCCCAGAGAGUUGCUAUCGCCUAUCGUUCAGGAUUAUAUCUAUUCUCAGGCCUGGGAGGAAUACGUUACCAAGACACUCGCCGAAACCAGAGAACGCGACAAUGCCAUCUUGGGAGGGUUUCGACCAGAUAACGGUAUCGGAUCCAGGCAAGCUGUUCUGAAUGCUGUAAAUGCUGGACAAGGCUUCGGCGUUUCGAGUGGCUUGGCUGGAGUUGGACUGGGUGGAGGCCAGCAUGGUCUGGACAGCAUCGACUUGUCCAACAAUGGUAGCGCGACCAGCGCUGGCUACAAUUCAAAUGGAUCAGUUUCCAGUGGGUUUGGAAGCUCCUCUGACGACGAUGACGAAGAUAUGGAUGAUGCAGAGGACGAAGAGCACGUGAGGACAGUGAAUCAGCUUUCUGCUGCUGAUAGCGGUCUCUCGUCGGAGAGUUCCGAUCAGCCAAUACCCUUACUUCCACCUCCGCCAGCACCACUCAACAUCGAGCCAUCACGUGCUCGCCGGCGGUUGGCUGAUCGAUUAGCGAGACACAAACAAGAGGCCGAGCAGGAGGUGGCAGCGUCCGAGUUCGGCUCCGAAGCAGACGACCCGUUCGCUGCGCUGGGGAAUGGCGAUGACAACGAUUCAGGCGACCCGUUCUCGUUGGACGAAGAGGAACAAGACAUUACGACGUUUGGGAAGCGGAGUAAUAUCAAUUCGUUUAAUACAAACACAAGCGACCACCACAGCUUUUCGGUCAGCAGAGGACUGACCAGUCUGUUUUCUUCAGCACCAAGUCGAGAAAUGCAUGGACAAACGUCACACGACGACUUUGAUGGGUCACUCGAUGACUCGUCGUCCGAUGGGUCGGGUUCUGACAUAGAUUCGGGAAAUCCACCUCUGGAAGCCAGGACAAGUCUGGAGCGGCGCCCGCUGGAAGUUUUUGAAGACGAAGAGAUGGGAGAAAUGGUGGCUCCAAGCGAAGAAGUUGAGAGCAACAGUUCUGACGAAGAGGUGUUGAGUCCGUUGGAGAGAGAGAAGUUGGAAAACGCGUAUGGAAUGAAUGAUGAUCCUGACGAGCAGGCCUCGGAGUUCGCGGGACAAGCGGACCAUGAUGAUGACGAUGACGAUGAGGAUCAUUUGGUUGAGAUUGCGAUCCCUGCCAAUUCGAAGCGGCGAUCGCGAGGUUGA